AUGUUCAGAAACGCGAUCCGGACGAGCGCUCGCGCGGCCGGCGCCCUGUCCGCUGGCAGCAGAAUCCAAGCGCAGCGCACUGCACCCGCCGCCGUCAACGCCUACCGUGGCUAUGCCGCCGACACCAAGGCCUCGCCGACCGAGGUCUCCUCCAUCCUCGAGCAGAGAAUCCGUGGCGUGCAGGAGGAGUCGGGUCUCGCCGAGACUGGCCGAGUUCUUACUGUCGGUGACGGUAUCGCACGUGUCUACGGCAUGAGCAACGUCCAGGCUGAGGAGCUGGUUGAGUUCGCCUCCGGUGUCAAGGGCAUGUGCAUGAACCUCGAGGCCGGCCAGGUCGGUGUUGUGCUUUUCGGUUCCGACAGAUUGGUCAAGGAGGGUGAGACCGUCAAGCGUACCGGAGAGAUUGUCGAUGUCCCAGUCGGCCAGGAGAUGCUCGGCCGUGUCGUCGACGCUCUUGGUAACCCAAUUGACGGAAAGGGCCCAAUCAAGACCACCGAGCGUCGCCGUGCCCAGAUGAAGGCCCCCGGUAUCCUUCCACGAAAGUCUGUCAACCAGCCAGUGCAGACCGGUCUCAAAUCCAUCGACGCCAUGGUGCCCAUUGGCCGUGGUCAGCGUGAGUUGAUCAUUGGUGACCGUCAGACUGGUAAGACUGCCGUCGCCCUUGACGCCAUGCUCAACCAGAAGCGAUGGAACAAUGGCACCGACGAGCACCAGAAGCUCUACUGCAUCUACGUUGCCGUCGGUCAGAAACGAUCCACCGUGGCUCAGCUCGUCAAGACACUUGAAGAGAACGACGCCAUGAAAUACAGGUACCCUAACGUUACAGUCUCGUGGUCGAAUUCUGCUGAUCAAUUUUCAGCGUCAUCGUCGCCGCCACCGCUUCUGAGGCUGCUCCAUUGCAGUACAUCGCGCCUUUCACCGCUUGCUCCAUGGGGGGAUUCUAGUGAGUGGUUCCGUGACAACGGAAAGCACGCCGUGAUCGUAUACGACGAUCUGUCCAAGCAGGCCGUCGCCUACCGUCAAAUGUCUCUGCUCCUCCGUCGUCCACCAGGUCGUGAGGCCUACCCAGGAGACGUCUUCUACCUCCACUCGCGUCUUCUCGAGCGUGCCGCCAAGAUGAACGACAAGUUCGGUGCCGGCUCCCUCACCGCCCUCCCAGUCAUUGAGACCCAGGGUGGUGACGUGUCUGCCUACAUUCCAACCAACGUCAUUUCCAUCACCGACGGCCAGAUCUUCUUGGAAUCCGAACUAUUCUACAAGGGUAUCCGUCCAGCCAUCAACGUCGGUCUCUCUGUCUCCCGUGUCGGAUCUGCUGCCCAGCUCAAGUCCAUGAAGCAAGUCGCUGGUUCCCUCAAGCUCUUCUUGGCUCAGUACCGUGAGGUCGCAGCUUUCGCACAAUUCGGUUCCGAUCUUGAUGCCGCCACCAAGCAGACUCUGAGCCGUGGUGAGCGUCUUACCGAGCUCCUGAAGCAGAAGCAGUACCAGCCAAUGGCCGUCAACGAGAUGGUACCACUUAUCUUCGCUGGUGUCAACGGUUACCUCGACAGUGUCCCAGUCAACAAGAUCCUGCAAUGGGAGGCUGACUUUCUUAACCACUUGAAGAGCAACGAAUCGGCCCUUUUGGAGCAGAUUGACAAGGACGGUGCGCUCAGCAAGGACCUUGAGGGCAAGCUGAAGGAGGUUGUGCAGAGCUUCACCAAGAGCUUCUCGUAG